AUGACAAAGAUUAACACUUGUCAAACUGAAGCUUGCGACUUGCAAAGCUGUUUAAACAGAAACACAUACGCCCCGGAAAAAUGCGAAAAGAAUCUUCGAAGUUUGUACGAGUGCUGCCAACGCUUUUACAAACUGACGGAGGGCAGGGGCGAAUCGACUUCGUGUCCCUUGCCGAAUGUUGUGCAAAGGUGGAUGAGAGAUCACCCUAAAGAAAAGGACUGGCAGUGA